CUAUGCAGUGUAAAGUGAGUCUGGUGGUCACAGUGCAGCAAACGUUCGAUUCGAGGAGGGCCAUUUCUUCCGAGUUUUUAACAUCGAAGGAGUGCCCCUUACCCCCUGCGACGCCAUGUAUACACUGAACCUAAUAAAUUAUUUAGCCUUGUAAAUAUUUCUACGGAAAUUCUAUAUUUCUCGGUCUCGCAAGCCGUCUGGAAGUUCUUGGUUCAUCUUGUUAAGGAGCAAACCAGAUAGUGUGGUCACCAAAUCACCUCAAAUGGCUGAACGAAACCCCAGAUUGGCUCAAGAAUCUCAUCAGGUUGAUACCCAAGAAUGUGGAGACCACGUAUAUCUUCCCCCUGUGGGUUUUGGUAGGGAUCCGGUGGACUUCAAUGCGGACUUGAAUGAUAUAGAUGGCUGUUACGUCUUUCAAAACAUCAUAGAAAACGGCCUGGCCUUCGCUGUGGGUGUCCGGAACGGCGACAUACUAUUCGGGAUAAACGGUACAAACAUCGAAGGCAGAGGAAUUGAGUACGUUCUUGAUCUUCUCCGCACGAAUCAUGGGUAUCAAGUGCCACAACUGCUGCUGGCUGUUCAGCGCAACUCAAAGAUUGCUGGAGAACCUCCUAGAUUUAUUUGGGUUAUCUUCAAGACAGUUUUCCAAGUUGGUGAUCCAACAGUUGAGGUGAUUCAAACACUUGAAACUGACACUACAAACAUGCCAUUUUUUGUCAUUCAACCAACAUUCUCUUGGCUGGGACCACCCGUCGAUCCAGUAAACGUAUACACUGAAGGGGAGCACCCACUGUAUCUAUGUGUGAAAGAUGACAAGAUAGCGUUUGCGAAUUACAGCCCUAACAGUGCGCUCUUUCUGUACAAGUACAGCGGUGGCAACCCCGGGAAAGGCAACGCUGUGGCGUACAGUCUACAGUCCCUCACAACCCCGCCGCUGGAACAUAGCACUCCUGCAGGGACGACCGAAGACACUCUAAAAGCACUGAAUUUUCCAUCGUAUAUGACUGGUGGCAAAGGCAUCCCAAAGGACCCUCGCCUGUGGUACAACAAAACUUACAAGAGUGCAUUUUCUUUGGAAAGCGUAAUGGCAGAAGGAAUGUACCUUGGCAUGGGUGAGACUGGUGAAGCCAUGUUAUCAAAGAAAAAAACAGAAAUGAAGGUCAACAUCAGCUAGACGCGAGGUUGGAACCAUGUGGCUUGUGAGGCAAUACAUACCACGUGUUUGUUCGCUACAUUUCAUUUAAUCUUUAAGGGGGAUCCAUAUUUUUAUUGCAUAGCAUUUUUAUGUAGUACUGUUGAUAGCUGUAUGCGCUUCAUGAAUAGUCAUAAUAAUGGUCCUGGAAAUGCUUUAAAGCCUUCGUAGUUCAAUUUCUAGAGUUAUGCAAGCAUCUGAAAUGAAAUGUUGAAAAGUGAAGAUUAAAUUUGCCGCGUGGAAUGCAAACUUUAAUCUUUCACCUUAUGAAAUGAUUCUUACCAUUGCACGAAUUUGAAGCAUUCAUAUUUUGUUUUCUAUAAUACUUGCAUAAAUCCUCUUCUGCUUGGAGGACACACCGUCCUUGGGUAUGAACUUAGGCCAUUUUGCGAAACAGGUUUGUGUCCGAAGCGCCACCCACUGGUAGUACCGUGCAAUGUUAGGUUCCUGUCCCUACAUUAUUUCCUCUCCCAACUGGGAAUGAAAUAUAUGAAACGGGCCGGGAACUAAACCGAUGAAAUGAAAUGAAGUUCCAUUCAAUUGACUCCCAUUGAAUAAUAAAACGAAUAAUUCAAAGAUAUAUGAUCCAUCAAUCAGGUGACAGGCAUUAAGGCUGCAUCCGAAUCUGUUGUCUACAGCUAAGUCUAGGUCUUCCAUCGCUCCAUUGGAAAUUUGCAGAGACGCGUAAACAAUAGACCUAGCCGUAGCCCUGGAAGCCCGUUUCGGACACGGCCUUACACAGGUAUUGCAGAAAUUUAUAGGGCUAAAUUUCCGGGGGAACCCGGGGGUGCUUACCUUUAUUUCAGCGGGGCACCACAAGAAAAUAAACUGCAGCGGCAGUUCAUGCAGUGUCUCCACCGGGGGAGGAGACACUGCAUAAACUGUAUUAAAAACGUGACGGCAUGACUGUUUGUUCCACAUAAUGGAGGAAAUGUGUUAUUCCUCCAUGUUUCACAUAGUCUCGAGUCUUAACGACCAUGUAGAAAUGUGGUCACGUGGUCACUGGACGCUGAUUGUACACUGUAAUAAUUGUUAUUACUGAAUAUACAUGUACCUCUGACGUUAUGGCAGAAAAAUUUGGAAAAGAAAAUGCUGUAGUCCAAAAUGCGUAUGGAUUCGUCUUAUAGUAACCUAAGCCUAUGGAUGUGACAGAUCUGUUUACGUUCUGAGCUGUUUGCUGCCCUCGCAACAUGACCUGGAUGUCAGUGUAAGACUAACUACGUAGACGUUUUUGCAGUUUUUGAAAAGGAACUAAAGCAACGAACAUGCUUUAAAUAUUGGGCACAAAGCGCUGUGCGGAAAAAAUUAGGAUGUUUCGAUUUUUCUGUUUCUUCAUAUUGCAUGUCAAAAAUAAUAUGGUCGGAGAAAACUAGUCUGUUUUGUUUUAUCGAGUUUAUUGUUUGUUUUGAGACAUUCAAGAAUUAGGCUAUGUAAGACCACACUUAAAUAUUACAUAUUGUGUGCCCCUAUUUUGUACCAUAAAAGGCAAUUUCACCAGUUUUAAUGAUUCAAAGCUUGACGUCAUCCAAUGCAGAUAAUGUCUCCGUAGCUCUGAGUACAAUGCAGUAUAUCAUACUUUUCUUCAUUUUCUUGGAGUUAGUUUUACUUUUUAAUCGUGUUAAGCAGCCUGUCUUGACAACAGAAUUUUAAAAAUUGUUGGGAGUUAAUUUGAAGGACAGUCUCUGCAUUUUUCUUAUGCUCUUUUGACAAGGAGUAACUUGUGUGAGAAGAGCAGAAUAGCGACCUCUAAAAAGAAUUGACGAAAGGAUGUUUUAAGAAACGGAAAAACUACACCUUCUCGUCACUUUCAAUAGCAAGGAGUAUUUAAAUUUUUGCAAUUUUGGUAACAAUGUUUAACUUGUAUGAAAAUGAGUCGCGCUAAAUUUCACUGCUUGUUUCCUUUACAAUAACUAAUGUAAAAUAGGAAUAACAAAAAGUUGCACGAAGCAAGUCUAUGUUAUAAUUUCAGUGGAAACAAAUUGGGGGCGGGGGAAAUUGUGAGUCACAGUAUCCAAGUUAUGCAUAAUUCUGAAAAACAAUCUGCAGUCCUUAAAGAAGUAAUUUAGACGUACAGUGGAAAGUAUUAUCACGGAACCUUGAUAUGAUAAACGUUUAAACGCUUAGACUUUAAAUGAAAUGUCUAUUUUCUUACCCGACCGACACAGUUUGCAAAACAGCACUACCAGGCUUUAUUUCAGCGGCGUAUCGGAGGUGGGGGCAAAUUCAAAAGAGAAUGCGUAAUCGGGCUUAUUCAACAUGAUAUCGACGAGAAUAUAAUAUCAAAUCAGUG